AUGUAUGAGAAGAGAGAAACAUGGGCAGAGACAUUUCUUAGAGGACACUUUUUCGCCUAUAUGGGAAUGACACAAAGGUGUGAAGGAAUGAGCGCUUUUAUUAAAACAAAGGUUCCGGCAAAUAUGAAGUUAAAUGACUUCAUUCGAAGACUAGACAUGGCUUUGUCAUGGAUGCGACAUAAAGAACGUAAAGAUGAUCAUGAAUCUAACCACAUGAUGCCGAAUUUAGGCAAGACUUACAUGGAUUUGGUUGAAAAACAAGUAGCAACUUUGUACACAAGGAACCUCUACUGGAAGAUAAGAGAGCAAAUUCAAAAGGGAGGAAAGUUAUCUGUAAGUAGAAAAGAAAGAGGCGAAAAUGAAAAUGAAAAUGUUUAUCUACUCGCAAAAUACGGUGAUAAGAGUUAUAGGAAGCUUGUUAGACAACGGAUACCAGAUAAACAUCUAAUAUGCGAGUGUAUGUUAUUCACUAGUUGUGGAAUCCCCUGCUCCCACAUGUUUGCUAUCAUGAAAUUUUUGCAAAUCACUGAGAUCCCAAAAUCCCUUAUUGCCACACGAUGGCUGAAGAUGGAUUUUCUGCAUGUACAUUCUAAUGCUCUAUUUAGUUCAGAGAUGUUCCAUUUACCAACGAAAGAGCGUCACUUCACAGAGCUGAUACAAGAUUGCAAUGAAUUGGCAGCCGUUGCAUCCGCGAGUGAGAUGCGAUACAGAAAGGCCAAGGAGGAGAUUAAAAAGAUGCUUGCAGCAUUGAAAUUGUUGGAAAUUGAUGGCAACGAGAACCAGACACCCGUUACUCCAUCUCUGAAAGUUAAAAAUUCACUUAUCACACGAACAAAAGGAACAACAAGGGUAGGACCAAAUGGACCACCACGACUCCGUCGAUGCACCGAAUGCAAACAAGUGGGCCACAACAAGGCUACUCACAAAAACCAUAAACGAAAAAAACAAAAAGCCAAUCUACUGCCUGAAAUAUCUGAAAACAACAGCGAAGAGGAGGAAAUAUAUGCCACUGAAGAAGAUGAUAACGAAAUAUAUGCCACUGAAGAUGAAGAUGACGAACAAAAUAACGAAGAUGAGGGGGACCACAAUGAAAUGGGUGAUGUGAAUGACAAUUUGGAUGACUUUGAAGGCAGUGGUUUGGUCAGAUAUAGCGGAGGAUGA